AUGAAUUCGGCAAACAGCGACGCACCCGGUGCAAACAACAGCAACGCCACUAUUAAUUCCGACGGGGCCGCAGCAGCCAGCUUGCACGACUACCUCUCAGCAGCCUCGGCCUCAGCAACAGCCGCUGAUGAGGCUCAAAACACCCAGCAAUGCCAACAGCAACAGCAGCACCAACAACAACAGCAGCAACAGCAGCAGCACCAACAGCAACAGCAGCAACAGCAGCAGCACCAACAAUACCAGCAGCAGCCCAUGCUCCCUCCAGACUUUUCAGCGUUCUUUCUGGCCAACGAUAUUUCCGUUCGCUCGACACCAGGGUCGCCAGCAACAUUCAUCGAUAAUGGCAGUGGUUUAGGCUUCCACUCCGUGCGAGCCUCCCCAGCUCCCUCUCUCCCCCAGUCUCCAAACCAGGUCGGCAUGGACGGUGGCCGCCACAGCUAUGCUAAUUUGGCUGCUCUGGGUCAACAGAUGCAGUAUCACUGGGGUUUCGAUUCUGCAGUCAAUAGUGCGGUUCAGUCGGCGACGGCUUCUCCCAUCGUGGGCGCCUUUAAUCGGAGGGGAUUGCUGAAUGGAAUGGCCAAUUUGAACAUGACUCAGCUGCCGCCGACUGCUAUUUCUGCCUCUACUUCGUUUAUGGGCACACAGGGGACGGUCGG